GUUAGGUUUGUCAACUAUGGAACUAUGUUUUUGUUGAAUUUUUUAUCAUUUUAGAAAGAGAUUCCGGCGUUUUGAAGUUUCAAACGCCAGCAUGGGCUCUAAAGACAAGAGUAUACCAGACAGACUGAAGUCUAUGUUUAAAACAAGCAAAGGUCAAUCAGCUAGUGUUCCUGUGCGAGGAGAAUUUAUUAUAAGUAAGGAUCUACUUCGUGACUUGGGAAAAGAUUCCCCAGUUACAGUUAGGACAAAAAUCUUGAGAGACCUCAGCUAUAAGGUAGCUGAGAACCGGCUAGAAGAGAAUGCUGUAGAGAAACUAUGGAGCCUGAUAGAGGACAUGUUCGGAAGGGAAAAUUCCAUCGAAACUCGACACGCAGCAUUCUCUUUCCUGCACAACCUCAUAAGAGGUCAGAGCGACAAUCUGAGAGAAAUGCGAGCUCAGUUUUUUCGCUUUAUAAAAAAUCACGACCACCCUGAGGAUGUUGGACAAAGACUGGACUUGCUGAAUACACUGACGUCGAAUGGAAAGUACGUUGUUUACUUUGAUGUGGAAGUUGGUCCCUUCCUACUGAAUUGGUUUCCUGAUAUAUCAAAGGCGGGAAAGAUAGAGGAGUAUUUAGCUAUGAUUGACAAUGUUAUUAAGUUUAAUGCAGCUUACUUAGAUGACGAUAUCAUCACAGGAUUUAUACAGUAUAUUUGCGUUUUGUGCUGCAGCACGAGCAAUUAUAAAACCGUGAUGUCUUGCCUGCAAAUCAUGUCCACCAUUGUGGCCUACAGUAAUAUGUCCACUGAAUCUUUGCCGAAGUUUAUUGGUGUUCUGUGUCGCACUGUAAACAUUGAGGACUAUUGUGCCUCCAGUUGGAAGAUUAUGAAAACCCUGCUAGGAACUCACCUAGGUCAUUCGGCUUUGUACACGAUGUGUCGGAUCUUGCAAGAACCGGCCUUAAGAUCGGAUACUGAUUUGUUAAGAGGGGCCGUAUUCUUCAUCCAUAUGGCUUUAUGGGGCCAUACACCCCUUGCCAACUUGCACUGUCCACCUAGUUCAGUGCUGCCUUCAUUUUUACAGGCUAUUAAGUGUAAUCAAGCAGCCGUGGCUUAUGAGGUUAUUUUGGGACUUCAACAGCUAGUUACUAAUUACGGGUCAAUAUUGCAGGACCCAGCUUGGUCCAUUUUGCUGCAAAUCGUUACUCACAUUAUACGACACAUUGAUCUGACCUCGAAUAGCCUACCGCACAAGCUUAUAGUCUCCCCUUUACACGAAACGCUCAGCAUAAUAGAAACCCUACUGGAAGUCGGGAACUACAACGGUUCUGUGAAGCAAUUCUUCGAUGUCAUCGAGGAAUGUUGGAUUGACCGCCCGGAAACCUCAAUUUUACGGCUUCUGUCGUUCCUGUCUCAGGACAUCGUUCCGACGGAGCACCUAUGGCUGACGAAUCUGUACAAUUUGCUGCACAAGUACUUCAAACCUGAGGGCAGGACUAAUAUUCGACUGAAAGUUUUGGACAUUCUGUCGAACGUUAUAAAAUUGAACAGAAGGCAGUACGAAGACGAACUUAUAGAUAGAAUAGUUAUACCUCACAUGGUCAAUAUCGUGCAUUCUACAGACAUCAUCGUUAGGUCUUCUGUGGCGAAACUGCUGAUAGACUUGUGUAUGGAAUGCGAAACGAAGAAGUGCUUGGAAAUCUUGGACAUUUUGGAAAGACUGUUGCACAGACCCUUUGAGAAUCACCCGCCAGACAACAUUCCAAUAAACGAGUCCGAACACUGUGAUAUUAAGUGUCUGGUUGCCGGGCUGGUCAGCGUCUUUACGUACAAGAUACAUAAGUUACCAUCAUCACAUGCAAUCAAGAUAUACAAGAUGCUUAUCAGUUUUCUAGAACUGCAUUAUGGACGUCCGAAGAUCUUUGAGAACUGCCCGCAAGUCCGAUACAUGAUAUUUGACUGCUUCCUAAAAAUGAGGGCCGACUCCCUCUACCACCUCGGUUACACAGAAGGCAGCUCCGUCAAAUUCAGCGCUUACCUCUGCGUGAUAUACCGCAGUACAGAUCGCGGUCCUUUGGGUUCUCCGCCUCCGCAGUCACCAGCCAUAACACAACAACCACCUUGCACCGUGACGUACGUGUCGCUUAGGAAAGCGUUCAAGAUAUUUAUCACUUGUUUGAAGAUGGAGAGAGAUUGGGAGGUUCUGAGUCUGGUGCUUCGCGAAAUGAUGAAGGUGCUGCAGAACAAGUCGUUGAUCCUGUCGAAGAACAGCAACAACGAACUGGAUUUACUCGUAGACGUUUUGUGUGCGAUGAUCACCGAUAGGAGCAUGAAUCUGCCGGAAUCGCUGAACGUUAAGGUCAGCAAGCCCGAUCUGAAUGCUUUGGUUUUGUUAGUUCUAGUGAACUUGGCGUCUUAUCACAAUUACAUAGACCAGAUACAUCAGCAGAAGAUGAUCCGUUGCUUGAUGAAAUGUACCAACACGAUCGGGCCGAGGAGUUCUAAGCACUGCAUAGCGGCCCUCACGAUAUGUACCCUGGAAAUGAGGGAGGUUAUGGUGAAAUUGUUGGCCGAGGUGUUGCUGACCUUGUCGAAGAUUUCGGCGACCGUACAUAUCGCUAUUCCGGUUUUAGAGUUUUUGUCAACUCUAACCCAACUACCAAUGGUCUUUGCCAACUUCGUGGCGGACCAAUAUAUGGCGGUGUUCGCUAUAUCUCUUCCUUACACGAACCCCUUCAAGUACAACCAUUACACUGUAUCCUUGGCGCAUCACGUCAUAGCCGUUUGGUUCUUGAAGUGCCGCCUACCAUUCAGGAAGGAUUUUGUUAAGUUUAUUACGAACAGUUUGCAAACGAACGUUCUCAUCCCCUUCGAGGAAAGCAAGACGAUUUUCCAACGCCAGAAUCUCAGCGACCUGAACCAGGACAGUUCCGACCGCAAGCGCAGCUCUAGCCUGACCGAGCAGGGAUCCAGAGGUAGAACCGCAGCGGUAUCCUCCAUGAGGAUGGAUAAACCCGUGUUGCAGAGGCCCAGCCCCGACAAGUCCCUCGUGACUUUCUACGAGGAACUGACGGAGACCUGCAUAGACCUGAUGGCCAGAUACGCUUUCUCGCCUUGCAGCGCGCUUCCCAGGAGGUUGCCGGCGGCAGAAUUUCUGCUGAACGGGGGCCAGAGCAUGUGUUGGCUGAUCGGCAACAAACUGGUCACCGUGACCACUAGCGGUUGCUCCCAGAAAGUCCUGAAACACGGCCUGUGCGACAAGUGCUGGACUCUCUGCAACAACCACACGGAGAGUCUCAAACUGAAGACUGCCCGCAGUGGCAGCAACGAGACCGAACCGGAGAUCGGCUGGGCCUCUCGUCAGAACUCCAACGAGAAAUCCAAUAAUAACACUUCCGUGAGUUCCCCCAUGGAGGAAGCGAAGCGUAUAGGCGAUAAGCUGGAGAUCGUUUCGUCUAAAUUGCAGAAGUUGGACAGCACCGAGCGACGUGAGAAGGAGAACUGCGCCUGUUGGUGUCAGGGAUGGGCGGAGAUAUAUGUUAGGAGGCCUACCGGCGAUAUGUCUUGGGUGAUGAGGAUACAAAACGAGAUAUCGUACACCCACAACAUGUACGAAUUUCCGUUAAACGAGCUCUCCACCCUCUUCAUGCCUUCGCUCUAUCCAGAAUCCACCAGCAGUUUCAGACCUCCCUUAAGAAGACAGCCAUCGUCCGAGGAGCAGCCUAAUCUAGAUGAGGCAAGGGGAUUGUCAACGUCUAACAGUAGCUUACCAGGUUCUCCAAAACCGUCACCAUCCCGUCAAAACUCCAGGGACAGCUUGGAAGAAGAACUAGAAUACAUCUACGAUGACGGAACUAAAUCCAGGAAUCCCGUGCGGAGAUCGAAUUCUAGCCCGGAGAUGUCGGCCAGUUGGAAGAACCCGUUUCUGCACCAGAAGGCAGUGGCGGAAGGAGAAGAGAGUAAAAGUCUGGAUGAGGAUAACAUCAAGAAGAACAAGAUGUAUUCCAAGGACAUGAGGGUUAGCUGUGAGGCGAUUCCGGAAGAAAUUGCCGGGUUAGGUACAACGCCGCCAUCUAGCGACCCCCUCCAGCCUCAGAAACCCUAUCAGGCUACGGUCUUCACCUCCUCCUACCACCCGUCCCUGCUUAGCUGUCACAGUUAUCCGGGAUCGUCGCCACCGAAUGACCCAAAUGCUGUCGCAAAGCUUUACCAAACGGUUCCCCCGUCUCCGAACGUGAUUUCCGGAGGCGGCCAGCCUGAUUUUCAAAAAAGACCCAACAAUCUGCCCAACGUGGGCAGUCUGAUUCCUUUGAGCAGCAAGCCGCCGCAGAGUCCCACCCAGACGUCGCCUCGGCCCGCUCGACAUUUUUCUGAAAUACAGAAGAGUUCUUCGUCCUCUAUCUUAGAGAAGAACACUUCCAACGCCAACCUGAACUUGGCAAGAGAACGAGCCAAGGAACGGAAGAACAGCGGCAGCGUAGAACGCCUCACGUCCCUCGAAUCGAACCAAUCUCAGAAACGUGACAGGCUGCACACGAUCUCCGUGAUGAGCCCAGCAAACCGUAAGCCGAGAUCGGAGCACGUCCGGCAACCGACCAGGUCCAGGGAAGUACCCAGGAGCGGCAUCAAUCCUAGUUUCGUGUUCCUGCAGCUUUACCACGCGGCCUAUUUCGGACAUAAUACAGAACGACCCCUGAUAGUCGGUUCUAGCGACGUCGUUCAAAGGGCGGUUAAGAUUUUGGAUCUCAUACCUCCGUACGAAACCCAUAAGAUCGGCGUGUUGUACAUAAGGGAGGGCCAGGUCAAUUCCGAGGUGGAGAUAUUGAAGAAUCGGUUCGGGUCGCUGCGAUACGUGGAUUUCUUACAGAAUCUGGGUACUCUGGUUAAACUCUCCGAUGUGGAUCCGCAGGUGUUUUUCCUUGGGGGUUUAGAUCAGAGCGGGGAGGACGGAAAAUUUGCGUACAUCUGGCAAGACGACGUCAUCCGCGUUACUUUUCACGUUGCCACCAUGAUGCCGAACAAAGAAUAUGACACGAAUUGCAACAACAAGAAGUUACACAUCGGGAACAACUACGUCAGUAUCGUUUAUAACGAAAGUGGGGAAGAGUACAACAUAAACACUAUAAAGGGCCAGUUCAAUUUCGCCGCCAUCAUCAUCCAGCCCUUAGACCACAACACGAAUCGGGUGGUGGUGAAAGUCAAGGACGAACUUAAGGAAUUGAUCGCACUGAGCGAGCCGAAAAUAGUGUCGGACCAGAACGUGGCUAUCUUAGCGAGGCAGCUAGCGCUACACGCAAACUUGGCGUCUCUGGUUGUGAGGUCGUUGAAGACCCGUUCCAGCGAUCCGUACGCUUCCAAUUGGCUGGAGCGUCUCAGGAAGAUUAAAAACAUUCGCAACAAAAUUCUGCAGGAGCAGAAGAAAGAGGAGAGUAUGUACCCCACAGAGGAUCCUAGCUUCAGGAAUAAGAGGCAUAUGGAAGACUUCACGGAUUACACGUAAAUUUAGUUGAUCCUGCGUGUAUUAUUAUUAUUACUAUGAUUAUUGUGUUGAGUAUACUUUUUCCUUGUUUUAAUGUCAAUAAACAAUUACCAAAAUUA